AUGCAAGGUCCAUCUGGGGCGGCACGCGAUGCCGAUAGUCCUUCAGGUGCAUUCCAGUGUUUAUUCGACGAAUCUAUUUUUGGAAAAAUUUUGGAGCACACAAAUGCUCACAUUGCAAUAAGAUGUGAAAACUACAAGGUGGCUAAAUCUACUGUUUCUACCACGACCAGACAGGAAUUGAAUGCCCUCAUUGGGUUGCUUAUAUUUGCUGGUGCCCAAAAAGACAAUCACUUGAGCACUAGGGAAAUGUUUGACUCGAGGAAAUCGGGUUCUUAUUAUAGGGCAACGAUGAGUUGUGAGAGGUUUGAAUUUCUAAUCAAUAAUCUGCGAUUUGAUGAUAAAGCGACACGUAACGAAAGAAGAACUGUCGAUAAGUUCGCGCCUAUUAGAGAGAUUUGGGAUCAAUUUAUUACAAAAUGCAACAGUCCUAUAAACCGGGAAAUUACAUCACAAUCGAUGAGCAAUUAUUGGGCUUCAGAGGCCGCUGUCCAUUCAAAAUGUACAUUCCGAACAAGCCUUCCAAAUAUGGAAUAA